AUGGGCUUCCUGGCCAAGGUUGCGGAACAAGCCGAACGAUAUGAUGAGAUGGCAAGACACUUGAAAGAAAUUACCAAACUCAAAUCUCCACUUUCGUUAGAAGAGCGCAACUUACUUUCUGUAGCGUACAAGAACAUAAUUGGAGCCCAUCGUUCAUCUCACAGACUGAUCACAUCAAUAUCAGAAAAGCAACAACAAGUUGGAAAUGAAGACUAUGUACAGGCACUCGAGGAUUACAAAGCUAAAGUUGAACAGGAUAUCAUGACAACUUGUAAAGAGGUCUUUAGGACCCUAGAUGAGGAUAUCAUUCCAUUUGUGGAAGAGAAGGAUAAGGACGAGAAUCUUGUGUUUUAUUACAAAAUGAAGGCAGAUUACUACCGAUACCUUGCCGAAAUCAAUAAUGCAAAUGCAGCAGAGGAUGCAAAGACAUGGUACAACAAGGGAACGGAGGUGGCUCAGAAUCUUGUACCAGGCAACCCGAUUCGUCUGGGAUUGGCCUUGAAUGUUUCUGUCUUUUACUUUGAGAUCGUCAAGGAUCCCAAGGAGGCCUGCGAUAUCGCCAAGAAAGCCUUUGAUGACGCAAUCGAAGAACAAGACACCAUUUCCGGGGACUCGACCAUGAUCAUGCAGCUCUUGCGUGACAACCUUCAACUUUGGUCAGAGUCCGAAGCGGACGCGUAA